AUGUUCAAUGGUUUGCCUAAAUUCAGCAAUUGUUGCAGGCUAGAUGAUUCGAUAAUGACUAUAGUCAAGAUGUCUAAAAAUAGUCUUCCUUCAGAUUUGAAUAAGAAACUAUGGGAAUCAAAUUUGGUGAGAUUUGAAACAGCCAAAAAUUCAAAAAAGUAUGCAAAGAUUGUUGACAUUCUUGAUCAAAUGAACAAAAUGCCAACAAAACAGCAUAUCCUGAACAGAUUUAAGUGCUUGGCUGCAAAUGUGAAAAGUAGACAGGAGAGAGUUGUGAUAGUGGUCAAAGAAGUAAAAAUCUUAUGGAAAAAACUGAAUCUUCCAAUUCAAAAAGGCAAAUCUACAGUGGAAAGAAAAACUGAGCAUGUACUAAACAAGUAUGAAAAAGACAGCAGAAAACCAGGAACGCAAGACUUUACCAACUUGUUCAACAUUAAGAACAGCAAAGUCAGUCAAGAUACUAAGGAUGAUUUAAGCAGUAAAGAUGAAGAACAUUUUAACACUGAAGAAGAAAAACAAGAUUCUGACAGUGGUUCUCAAGAUUCAGAUGCUCUGAAGGAAAAAGAAGAAAUUGUUUGGAGAGAUGAUAUGGCUUUCCUUCAUCACUUGAUCACUUGUUACAGACAGUUUAAGAAAACAGGAAGCUUCCCUAAAAUAAAUUUCAGAACUUUGCCAAAUAUAAGCAAUGCAGGAUAG